AUUCGGAUUUUAAACCCGAACUUGUAGAUUCUCGACCCCUCGUGGUGCCCAUCCAAAUUGAUUUGGUUGGUUCUGAAUUCUGAUCCCUGCAAGGUCGCGUCAAAGGCGCAUAUAUGUAAAUUCAGGUUAGUGUGAGGACAUUUAUACAAGAACUGCUAAACCACUAAACCUAAGAUCAAAGUGGAGGAUAACAACACAGCGGCCAACGCACAGCGAUGGCUUCUUCCACACUAGGCUUCAGUUUCUCACCUGCUUCCCAUGUAAUUUCCCGAAUGCAAAAAGAUGGCAGCGGCCGGCGAGUGUGGCGGCGAAGGAAAUUGACAAAGAAGGAUGACAUGUUGCGAUACAAGAUGGAGAGAGUACCUUUCCUCGAGGAGCAGGUUCGGAAGGUAAAGGACGGAGGACAGCUCUUGGGAAUGGAUAUUGAGAGACUACUCCUAUCAGAGGAUAACCGGUUUGAUUUUGUCAAUGAUAUAGCGGCCGAGGCUAGCGAGUAUGUGGAGAACAACCGAGAUGAGUAUGGGGGCAAGAAGAAAGCCAUCCUUCAAGUGAUAAGUAACCGAGUGAAUGAUGCUGGGUUUUUUAGACCAGAGGCAUAUGAAGAAUCUGACCCCUUCAAGCCAGGGCCUUCUUAUUUGAAAGAAGAAUUUACUUGAUUACAUACACCACUUACUCAUGUUGUAAUGUUAAUCUUAGACUAGAGGCUGCUAUUAUCUAUGAUAGUUUCCGUUUUCAAUCUAUCAGUGCAUUAGUUUUGCUUCUCAGACCCUAUCUUUUUAGUCUACUUCUGCACAGGUGCGCUUGCAAGUUGUUCAAUCUGUACGUUUCUUU